AUGGACGGCACUAAGGUUGGAAAGAACUCUAUACGAGUGCGUGUCGUCAAUUCCGGUGUUGAACUUGAUACCAAACAGCCAUCUGAGAUAGAGGGGUCGGAUAGACGGUCGUCAGCGUCUAUUACAACAACACCCACCGAGAUGUACUCUGGGGAUACACUACUCCCCGGCGACCGUAUCUGGUCUGGAGGUUGGGUCUUUGUGGAAGGAGCCAGAGUAUGA